UGUCUGGCGAGAUCCUUACUGCGGUCGCCUAAAGUGAUGCUGCUGGAUGAAGCAACGGCGUCCAUUGACUACAAGUCAGACACCAAGCUACAGCAGACAAUCAGGGAAGAAUUUUCGGGCAGCACAGUUUUGACCAUUGCCCAUAGGCUACGGUCAAUUAUCGACUACGAUAAAAUUCUGGUGAUGGACAUCGACUACGAUAAAAUUCUGGUGAUGGACGCAGGAGAAGUCAAGGAGUACGAUCACCCAUAUUCGCUUCUGUUGAACAAGAACAGUAUUUUCUACAGUAUGUGCGAGGACAGUGGAGAACUGGAGUCGCUAUUCCAGCUUGCGAAAGAGUCCCUCGAAAAGAAGCUCAAUUCCAAAUAA